GUUCUCGGUUGGAAGCUCGCUCCGAUUAGUUGCCGCUGAAUACCGACUGAGGAAAGACUCAGCCGACCCCGGGAAAGAUGAACGUGCCUCUUGUGAUAUUCUGCUGUGUUUUGGCGGCGCCAUGUAUAUUUGCUGCCGAAGAAAUCAUUACGAACUAUGACCAACCCUUCAAAGGUAACAGGAAUGUUCAUUUCGAUUGGAUGCUUACAAGACAAGUAUUCCAAGUUCAAAAAUCCAAUGCAGUCAUCUCACCAUUUUCGGUGAAAAUACUGUUGACUUUACUGUACGAAGCCACAGGAGAGGCCGCUGAUAUUGCGUACACAGCAACCAAAAAGGAACUACGGACCGUGCUUGAUCCUUCCGGUGAUCUGAAUGCAACACGUUCUAUGUACCGUUCUCUGCUGGAUUCGGCAUUGACGGAGAAUCAGGAUUUCGAUCUAAAAAUUGCAACUAAAAUUUUUGUUGAUGAAUUUAUCGAUAUUAUUAGUAAAUACCAAAUUAUUUCGGACCAUUUCUAUAAUGCGACCGUCGACAAAGUUCCAUUUUCCAACCCAGAGAAGGCGGCUGAUACUAUCAACCAGUGGGUGGCACAAUCCACCCGUGGUCGCAUAAAGGAUCUGGUCAACGCUGACGGCGUCGAAGGAGCAGUAAUCACUCUAGUAAAUGCCAUCUACUUUAAGGGACUGUGGACUUACCCGUUCCCGGAGAACGGACCUCGGCGAAAAUUCUACGCUACGCGUAAAGAAGUAGAAGUUGCUUAUAUGGAACAAAAUGGCCUGUUUUACUAUGACGAUUCGAAUGCUCUUAACGCUCAGCUUUUGCGGUUACCCUAUCGGGGAGGAAAGUUUGCUAUGUACUUCAUGCUGCCGAGGCCGGGCAGCUCCAUCAAUGAUGUUCUCAGUCGUAUUAAUUCCACCAGUUUGCACCAGGCUCUGUGGUACAUGGACGAAACCGAGGUGAAUGUUACCAUUCCGAAGUUCAAAUUUGACUUCUCGGAAGAACUAACCCAGCCACUGCAGGAUAUUGGCAUCCGCGAGGUGUUUUCACAGCGAGCUUCACUGCCACUGCUUGCCCGUGGAAAGGGUAACAUGGACCAAGUUCGAGUUUCACGAGUAUUCCAAAAGGCCGGCAUUACCAUAAACGAACUUGGAAGCGAAGCCUAUGCUGCAACUGAAAUUCAACUGGUGAACAAAUUCGGCGGCGAUGGAACUCAGAUAUUCAAUGCAAAUCGGCCAUUCCUUUUCUUCAUUGAAGACGAACACUUUGGCACCCUGCUGUUUGUCGGAAAAGUAGAACUACCAACUGUAAAUGAUGACACGGGCAAGAUGGGCAAGUUAAGAAUCUACCAGAUGAUUGUGAGGAACGUGCUGCUCGAGCCAAAGAUGCAGAGUAGCGGGAAGUCAGAAUUGAGUAGUGAGAAGUUAGUGAGCUGUGUUUUAGCGUUGUCAGAUCUAUUACUCGCCGGAGAAAUCGAUGAGAUCGACGAUCAACCCUUUAGGGGCAGCAGAAAUGUUCAUUUCGAUUGGAUGCUUACAAGGCGAGUAUUAGAAGUUCAAAAAUCCAAUGCAGUUAUUUCACCUUUUUCGGUGAAAGUACUAUUGACUCUACUGUAUGAAGCCACUGGGGUAGCCACUGAUAUUUCGUACACACAAACCAAAAAAGAACUACGGAUGGUAUUAGAUCCUUCCGGAGAACUGAAUGCAACACGCACUAUGUAUCGUUCUUUAUUGGAUUCAGCAUUGGCGGAAAAUGCAUAUUUCGAUCUAAACAUUGCAACUAAAAUUUUUGCUGAUGAAUUUAUCGACAUUUUUGAUAAAUACCAGAUUAUUUCGGACCAUUAUUACAACACGUCCGUCGACAAAGUUCCAUUUUCCAACCCAGAGAAGGCGGCUGAUAUUAUCAACCGGUGGGUGGCACAAUCCACCCGUGGUCGCAUACAGGAUCUCGUCAGCGCUGAUGGCGUCGACGGAGCAGUAAUCACUCUAGUGAAUGCCAUCUACUUUAAGGGACUUUGGACUUACCCAUUCCCGAAUAACGGACCUCAGCGAAAGUUCAAUACCACGCGCGAAGAAAUAGAUGUUACUUAUAUGGAACAACACGGUCAGUUUUACUACGACGAUUCAAGUAUUCUGAACGCACAGCUUCUACGAUUACCCUAUCGGGGAGGAAAGUUUGCUAUGUACUUCGUUCUGCCAUGGCCAAGUAGCUCCAUCAACGAUGUUCUCAGUCGUAUUAAUUCCACCAGUUUGAAUCGGGCCCUGUGGUACAUGGACGAAACCGAGGUGAAUGUUACCAUUCCUAAGUUUAAAUUUGAUUUCUCCGAAGAAUUAACCCAGCCGCUACAGGAUAUCGGAAUCCGCGAAGUAUUUUCAGAGCGAGCUUCACUGCCCCUGCUUGCACGUGGAAAAGGUACCAUGGACCAAGUUCGAGUUUCACGAGUACUACAAAAGGCGAGCAUUACCAUAAAUGAACUUGGAAGCGAAGCUUAUGCUGCGACUGAAGUCCAACUGGUGAACAAAUACGGAGACGGCCAAACUCACAUAUUCAAUGCAAAUCGCCCUUUCCUUUUCUUCAUUGAAGACGAACAAUUUGGCACUCUCCUGUUUGUCGGGAAAGUACAAAUGCCAACUGCUAGAGUAGCGGACUGUUCACUAAAUUCGGGGAAGUUCCGGAAGGCUCAGCGAAUAAACAUUCUUUCGCGAUCACGUUGCACUUAACACUGCAAACUUAUCAUUCUUCAUUCUUCAUGUGUCAUUCGUUCAUUCGAGUUCGAAAACAGGAAACAGGUUUCCUUUAAUUUCAAUCUUCGUAUUCUACUAAGAUGCUUUAAAAAUUUCAUUAAAUUCUUUAUGCCUACACGGGCUAGCAAUUUUAUGAGCUGUCUAAAUCCGUUUAACAAUUCAAACAUAUAGGUAUAAAGGCCUUUGUAUGCACAGUCAAGUUGACCGAGUCCAUUUAAAUGGACAGGAACUAAUUUACAAUUAAUAAUAAACGUUUACACU